AUGAGUCGGGACCUCCACGUUGGCGAGGAACCCCCAGGCUCUGCGUGUGUGGCCCGGGAGGGGCCUGCGGGGCGACGGGAGAGUGAGCCUGGAACCCGCCGGCCUCCGGAGUCCACCGGAGCCCCACCUGGACCCCUGGUGGGCUGCGGCUGGCCCGAGGGCCGGGCCCAUCUCGGCCCCACCCUGGCAGCACUGGGACAGGCGCACGGAAGACCAGCCGUCUGCCCUUACUUUUCAGUCCCUUCCAGACCUGCCUGGCAGAGCCCUCAAACCCAGAUCCCUGAGGGAGAUGGGGUGCAUCCCGACACCCGGCCCCCCAUGCGGGCGGGCCCCUCUCAGGAGAGGAGCAGUCACUCCCAGUGGCUGCCGAAUUCCCACCAGCACCGGCCUGGCUCAGAGACAUCCCAGGUGGGAAUGGGGAGCCCCUGGGGGGUUCUCACAGGCCCGUGGGUGCUGGAACCAGUCCUGAGGCCCCAGAAGCCCAAGCUGGAGUGGAGAGGGCCAGUCUGGACACCACCGCAGGUGCCCUUCCUGGCACGGGGCACACCCUUCCCGCAGACCUCUUCCGCCCCAGCUGGCUGCCGCCACCCCACCCCCGCCCCGGCAGACUUCGCGGUGCGAGGCGGCACACAGGAGGCCCGGCCAGGCAAAGACCAAAGCUCUGCACUCAUGAGUUCUGCCUCCAGUGAGCAUGGCGGAGCGGAGGCCCCUGGGCAGUCCAGGCUGGGGCUGGACUCUGUGAUCCAGAGGCUGGAGGACACCGUCCUGGGCCCCCUGGCCCGCAGGGAAGACCGGGCGCUGACGGUGCGCGGAGACGGCGGGCCGGCCUCGCCCACGCGGGUGCCCGCCCGCAUCCGGGAGAUCGUGGCCGGCAGCCUGGGCGGAGCGGCGCUUGCAGGGCUCCGGGAGCCAGCGGCGCCCGCCGGCCCGGCUGCGGAGGAGGGCGAGCUCCUGCAGAAGGAGCUGGCCCGGCUGGAGGCCCUGCUGGCCCAGGCGGGCGCGGAGCGGCAGGAGCUGGUCAGCAGGUACCACCGGGUCAGCGAGCGGAUGCAGGCCCGCCUGCAGAGCACCGAGGCCCGGCUGCGGAGAUCCGAGCUGGAGCACAGCAUGGACCUGGAGGAGGCCCUGGACCGCCUGGAGGCCUCGGAGCAGAGGAGCCGGGGCCUCUCCCAGGUGAACGCCCUGCUGCGCGCGCAGCUGGAGCACCUGCGGAGGGCCCACGACGCGCUGACGCGGGAGCUGGCCGGGACGCGCGGCAGCCCGGAGCGGAGAGCGGCCCAGACCGAGACUCAUCAGAUGGGCCCCAAGGAGCCCAGGGCCUUCCUCCUGCUGUGGAGACAGGCGACAGCCGUCCGCACACACCUGGCUGAGCUGCGGGCCGUCACUGAGAGGGGCCUCUCAGACAUGCGAGCAGACACCGCCAGGACCGCCCGGCGCCUGCACACAGCCUGCCUGAACCUUGACGCCAACCUGCGGUUGGCAGCCAGCAGCACAGCCUCUGGCCUGGAGCAGCGGCUGCGGGAGCAGGCCAGGGAGACACUGCACCUGCGGGCCAGGUGGGGGGGGGCCCUCCUCACCCCCACCCGAAUCCCCAGGCUCUCCGAGCAGACGUUGCAGGUGGAGGAGCUCAAGGAGCAGAACACGCAGAGGGAGGGGACCAUCGCCUCUCUCAAGAUGGACAUCCAGAAGCUGGAAUCGCGGCGUGGGGGGGCUCAGCUGGCGGCGGAGGACCUGAGGGACGAGGUCGCAUCGCUACGGCGCGUCCUGGCCAGCGUUGCAGAGGUGGCCCAGGCGGACCUCGGGUACUCGGAGCCAACAUGGAGCAGCAGCACCGAGGGCGAGAAGGCGUGGGGACAGCGGAGGAGCCCCUCGCGAGCCUCCUCCCCCCACCCAGGGGCGUCCCCACCCCGGGCCCACUCUCCAGCCCGCCCGGACCCCACCCUGCGGGCUGUGCAGACAGCCAUGGAGAGACGGCAGCAGCGGGAACAGGAGCUGUGCCGGCAGUUGGAGGCCUCCGAGAUGGCAGCCGCCGGCCUCCGGGAGCAGCUGUCCCAGGCCCAGAGGGAGCUCUGGGCCUCCCAGCGGCUGCUUCAGGACAGGACACGCGAGCGGGAGGAGCUCCUAGGCCAGCUGGAGACCCAGCGGCAGGAGGCUCGGCACUGCCAGGCGUCUGCCGAACUCCUGAGAAGGGAGAAGGUGGCCCUGGAGCUGGCGGCGGAGGAGCUGAGCGCCAAGGCCGACAUCUGCAGUGCAGAGAAGCAGAACCUGGAGGCGGCAAAUGCGGAGCUGCGGCGCGGCCUGCGGCUGCGGGAGGAGCAGAGAGCAGAGCUGGCGCAGCAGGGCCAGAGCAGCCAGCGCGCGCUGGAAGCCAGCCAGGAGCACCUGGAGCAGCUGGAGGAGAAGGCCUCGGGGCUGAGGAAGCAGCUGGCGAAGGCCCAGGAGGCUCUGAGCACAUCGCAGCUGCAGAGGGACCUGGCGGAGAGGGAGAGGGAGAGCCUGCAAGGUGCCCUCGCCCGGGCCGAGUCCAGCAACACUGACCUGGAGCUGCUGGUGACUCGUCUGAAGUCGGAGGGACAGGAGCAGCGGGACUCCCUGGCCAGCAUGGCAGCCCUGAUGGAGGGGCUGGCCCAGGACAAAGGCGCCCUGACCCACCGGGCGCUCCAGCUGGAGCAGGAGCGGGACCAGCUCCGGGAGCAGCAGAGGGUGGCAGAGCAGGAGCAAGUGGGCAUCAGGGAGCAGCUGGUGCGGAGGGAGCAGCAGCUGGCGCGAGCGGAGGCCGAGCGGAGCGGCCUCAAGGAGGCCUGUGAGCACCUGGAGCAGCGGCAGGAGCGACUGGAGGAGCAAGUGGCCCUGCUCAGGCUGGAGAGAGCCCAGCUGCAGCAGCAGGUGGACCAGGUCACAUGCACGAAGCAAGCCCUGGAGGAGCAGUUGGCACAGAGGCUGCAGGCACAGGAGGCCCAGAUGGGUGCUCUCCAGCAAGCUCUUGGAGAGAAGGACACCCUCACUGAGGAGAAGGCCCAGCUCCUGGCCAGGCAGAGCGCCCUGGAGCGGCAAGGCCAGCUGGCGACGGAAGAGGCCACAGACCUCAGGGCCGAGAGGGACUCUCUGGAGAGCGACCUCUUUUCGGCCCAGCAGCUGGUGAAGCAGCUGCAGGCCCAACAGGAGCAGCUGGAGAGAGAGGUGCAGAGUGCCCAGCUGGGUCGACAGGCCUUGCAAGUGGAAACAGAGCGGCUGAAGAGGGACUGGGAGGCCCAGGAGAUGGAGCUGCGGUGGGACACGGAGCGGCUGCAGCAGCAGCUGGCACAGAAGGAGCGAGACACGCAGCAGGCCCUGCAGAGCAUGGCGUCGGCCCACCGAGAGGACCUGGCCCGGCUCCAGAGAGAGAAGGAGACCCUCAGUCUGUCCCUGGCAGAGGAGAAGGAGGUGGCUGCACACCAAUUAAAGCAGAAGAAAGAGCUGAUGGCCAAAAGUGCAGCUGAGAAGGAGGCGCUGGAGGAAGAAGUUCAGAGCCUGAAACAGGAGCGGGAUGAGAGCCUCCUCCAGUUGGAGCAUGAGAUGCAGCAGGCGCUGUCGGUGAAGGAAGCGGAGAAGACCCAGCUGAGCCACGAGCUGGGGGGAGCCGUGCGGGACCUGGACAGGCUGCAGCAGGAGGCCCGGAGCCGGCAGGCGCACGCUGAGGCUGCCGUGGGCACCCUGACGGAGGAGUUGAGGGCCCUGCAGGCCCGGUUCCAGGAGGCCAUCUCCACGCACCAGAGAGAGGCCACCGCUCUGCGCCAGAGUCUCCGGGAGCUGGCGGCCGAGAGGAGCCAGGCGCAGAGAGAGGCCCAGGGGCUGCAGGCCCAGCUGAACGUGGCGCAGGAAGGGCUGGCCGAGCUGCGCCGGGAGCUGCGGGGCAGCGAGGAGUGUCGGGAGAGGCUGCGCGGGGAGGCCCGGGAGGCCUGCCGGGCCCUGGGCGACGAGGCCCAGGAGAAGGGGCUGCUGCAGCGGUCCAACCGCGAGCUGCGGGCGGCCAUCCGCAGGGCGGAGCAGGAGAGGGUCAGCCUGAAGCAGUCCAAGCAGGGGCAGGAGCAGAAGCUUCUGGUCCUCGAGGAGGCCCGGGAGGCCGCUCGGAAGGAGGCCUGCACACUGCGGGCCCGGCUGCAGGAGGCGGAGCAGGCACGGGGGGACGCCUGCCGGCAGCUCCGGGAGUGCCGCAGACAGGUGAGGACCCUGGAAGCCGAGAACCAGAGGAAAUGCCAGGAGGUGCGUGAGCUGCAGGCCCAGAGCCGGCGGGACGCCCAGCAGAGCCGGCAGGCGGGGCUGGAGCUGCAGAGGCAGGUGGUGGAGGCCGAGGCGGCCCGCGACGGGGCCCAGAAGGAGGUCCACGGUCUGCAGCGGAAGCUGGCAGAGGCCGAAGCCACGGGGGAGGCCCGGGCAAAGCAGCUGGAGGGCAGCCUGCGUGAGAGCCGCGGAGCCGAGCAGACCCUGCAGGCCAGGCUGCACGGCGUCACCAGGAGGCUGCAGCAGGCCGGCAGGCUGGCCGACAGGCUCCAGGCCCGCCUGGACGGCGCCGGCCGCCGGGUCCGCAGUCUGGAGCGGGAGCUGGCCCAGGCCAAGGACGCCAGGCAGGACGCAGAGGCCCAGCUGGGCCAGCUGUGGGCCGCCCUCCGCCACAGCCUGGGGCUCCGGAGCCGGAGCCGGAGCCGCUCGGCCUCUCCGGAGCGACCCCGCUCCCCUGCGAGAGGCUCCGGCAGCUCCCCGGCCAGACCCCACUCGCCGUCCCAGUGGCCAUCGCCCCGCCCCGGAAGCCACAGGCCAGCAGUCGUGGACGUGUCCUUGGUGCGGGAUGCCCUGCGGGACUUGCAGAAGACACUCCAGGAUACCCAGCAGGAGCGGGAUGACUUCCGGGCCCAGGUGGCCAGCCUGAGUGGUCAGCUGACCAGCGUGGAGAAUGAGCUCCUCCAAGCCCAGAGCCAUGGGGCCCAGCUGCAGAGAGCCCUGGCUGAGGCCGAAGAGGGCCAACACCGGGCGGAGGGUGCGCUGAGCAGUGCCCAGGCGGCGCAGGCCCUGCACAAGGACGCCCUCAGGAGGCUGGAAGCUGAGCACCUGGCGAGCACCCGGGCAGCAGGUCAGGAGAGGCGGAAGCUGCAGGAGCAACUGGACACGCUGCAGCAGGUCCUCGAGGAGAGCAGGAGGCACAGCCAGAGCCUGGCGGAGGAGGGCAGGCUGCUAGAGAAACAGCUCCAGCGCGGUGAGCAGGUGGCCCCUGGGACGCAGAGGGCAGAGAGGCGAGCCCUGCGAGAGCAGACCUCAGCCCUGCACGCCGAGCGGGCCCGGCUGCAGCGGGAGCUGGCCGCCCUGCGGGCCCACCUGACCCAGCUGGAGCGGGAGAAGCUGAGGAGGGAGGGGGAUGUGGCCAGGCUGAGGGCCCAGAAGGAGCGGCUGGACCAGUCCCUGCACCAGGAGGUGGCUGGAGGCCUGCAGCAGAGCCAGCAGCCGCAGGGCCGGUGCCCCGCAGGGGGCAGGAGUUCAACACUGGAGCCGCCGCAGUGCCCUCCGGCCUCUGGAAGCCCUCCGGCGAGCAGGGCGCCGUGGCGUGCCUGCCUGGUCACUCCAGGCCCCACGGCAGAGCUGCGGCAGGCUCAGGCCCAGCGGCUCCCCGAGCUGACUGCCCAGCACCGCAGGACCGGGCGGGCUGCAGAGGCCCGGAGGAUGCCAGGGGCAGAGCGCGCUGUACAGGCCCCGGAGUCCCCGCAGCAGGUGAAGGUGGCCAGUCUGGACCGGGAAGUGAAGCAGCACCAGCGACAGCCCCUUCUUGGCCAGGCCUCGGAGGCCAGACAGUGA